UGUACCGUGUUUCUGUUCUGAGAAUGGCAACACGGCUUUCUGUGUGUGAGCGAGUGUAGAAUGUAUGAGCACUGUAUGUAUGCAAGCGAUCGAUUGACUGUGAUCCCUGAUUAGGAUACUGUUAUUAUUACAGGCUGCGCGUUUAUAUAAGGAAAUGUGACGAUGGUUUCUGUAGUGCUAGUUGCUGUUCAGCGUGUGAAUAUUUAUCUCAAGUUUCAUUUCUGCGCGAGGGAGGGUGUAAGCGUGUCUGUGAGUGCCUUGUACGUACGUGUGUAUGUUAGCAGCCUUUGGUUAAAACAACGAGGUAUUUUUUUUAUUUUAUUUUCAAUCGCAGCUGCAAUAAAUUACGUUGCACUUCUGCUUCGUUUAUAAGCCCGGAUACAAUACUAUUUAUGUUUUUAAAAUGUUGAAGACUUUAACUAAAAAGCUGAGAAGACACUCUUUAAAUGAAACCCAGCCUUUUCAAUUGAAGAUUUCAUACCACGCAAGUGAGGAUGGGGGAGAGAGUGACAAUUUGGAGGGAGAGAACCAGGAGCUGGUGCAGAUUAACAGAGAAAUGAAACGGAACUGCAGCCGGAGCCCUCUGGCCAUCAACCAGCUGCAGAACCAGGAGGCCUUGUCACUGGCGCGAGUGCGGAAACUACGUAUUCUGUUUGAUCCGGGCCUGGACCGGCACAGCUCAGAGGAAGAGCUGGAGCGAAUCAGCUGUGGAUUCCUGCAGCAGCAGGACAGCGAGGGCAGAAAGUGGGGCCUGCAGCGGACAAGGCGGGGUGGUCGCCAUGGUGAUGCCAGCACCUCUUCAAGUGACGAAGAGGUCAAGGCCCUGUGUGGCCAAGCGAAGCCUGACACCCACCUGUGUGCCUCCCCCAGUCCUGUGCCCUUUAGUGCCUCCCCACCGCACAGACUGGUGAGGGAACAAGCCAGACCUAUUAUCCUGGCUCACUUCGACCAGUCUGCAUCGUAUAAACGACAACGAAACCAGGGCAGGCCCAGUCUAGACUUGGAGAAAAUGCAACAGAAGAUGCUGUUUAAGAAGAAUUGUUUCGGAAAAACGAGAAUUGUAAAGAUCCGGAGUAUCAGUGGCAGCUGCCCCCCUCCCAGGUACAUCUACGACCCAUCAUCUUUUACCUUCCGCUCGCUCACCACCUUGAGACCGCGAAGUCCGCUGACGGCCGCUGAGGAGACACCAUGUGCCUGAUAACCUCCCCAUAGGAACAAACACACCUGGGAACUGCAGUUAGGUUGAAAUUGUGUUUGUCUGCUGUGAAAGUAUUAAAAGAAGGAAUGAUACAAGA